CCCUUCCCGCUGUUGCUCACCAACCACAACGAUGGCGGUCUGCGAUCGGAGCGGCGCGCUCUUGCUGCUGCUGCUGCUCGUAAUUUCUUCGUCUGGGACCGACGGGACAUCUCUCGAUCGUCUGCUCGAGGUGCUACAGGGCGUCCCCGGGACUUUGCAGAGGGGGCCCCGGAACGCGCCCCCUCGCUACAUGCUGGACUUAUACCGGUCCGUGGCCGCCCCGGACGGACUGACCGUUUCGCCGCCACCCCACAGCGCGAACGUCGUCAGGUGUUUCGCCGACAGAGAAUCCAGGCACAGAUCCCAUUUCUUUUUUAACGUCUCCUCGGAUAAAACUGACAAACUGCUGGCGGCAGAAUUCCAUGUAUUCAAAAUGAAACCCAGGAUAAAAGAUCGAAAAAAAGCGAGGACUCUGAAGUCGCAGUUACUCGAGCUCAAAGUUUAUCAAGUAUUGCCACCGACAAAAACUAAAAAAAAGCGAAGAAGAAAACUUUUAGAAACGAGAAGGGUGAGUGUUCAUUCAACAGGAUGGGAAAUAUUUUCUGUGAAGGAAGCAGUGGCAGAAUGGAUUAAAAAUAAUGAAGCCAACCUUGGUUUAUCUAUAAGUGUCAGGAGCCUCGAUGACGAACCUGUGCCCAGAGGUAUAGUUCGGUUUGCAAGAGGUAAUCACAGCGAUCGGCAGCCUUUGCUUGUGCUUUUUCUUGACGACAGCCGACAAACUACUGGUUCCUUUUCACUUAAAGGAGGUUAUCAUUCUUUUCCGGCUUCGAAUAAAUCAUCAUCAUCUACGGACGUCUCACGUACAAAGAGAGGGGACAUAACAGGAAUGCUGUCCCACCACACUAAAAACGAAUCCUGCUCCAGGCACGACCUGUACAUAGACUUUGAGCGAAUAGGCUGGGCGGCAUGGAUCAUCAGUCCCAAAGGCUACAAUGCCUACCAGUGCAUGGGGAAUUGCCACUUUCCUCUGGGGCAAAACCAGCGCCCCACCAACCACGCCACAGUGCAAAGCAUAGCACACGAGCUUGGCUUGACGCAGGCAGUCAAGCUGCCAUGUUGUGUCCCCGAUAGACUUGUAGCCAUUUCGUUAUUGUAUUUUGAUGAAUACGGCAAUGUGAUACUAAAACAGUAUGAUGACAUGGUGGCCGCAGGAUGUGGUUGUCACUAGCAUAUGCAACCAACUAUAAGUCAAUACCUAGCAGUUAAGUGUGAUGCCUGCUUCUGUCAUUAGUUUAUAUUCAUGAAUAUUUGGAGGCAAGUGGACUUUUUUUAGUUUGCCACGAAAGCAUGUUUGAUAUCAUUAAAGACAUCACAUUUCAGAAAACUUUAUUCUGUGCUUGUCCACUUUGCUGCUUCCAAUUUUCGCUGUUUAUACUUGCGAGAAAAUAUGCAGUGUAUUAUUGAAGAAAGAUGAACAUUUGGUCAGUUUCUAACGGUGAUCGACCUUAUUAGCUCACAGAAAGCGACCCAUAUUACAUUAGAAUAUUGUAGAAUAUUGCAUGAGGCAUGCACACAAUGUUGAUGCGAAUUAUAAUGUACUUAGUAGGGAACAUAUGUUAAUGAAAAGACAGAAAGAUAACUAUAAUUUUGUAGAAUUUAAAAACUGAUGAACUCGGCGUAUUCUAAAAAAAUGACGACUUCAGGUUUAAAAUUUCCAUAAAGAGUCCAAUCUGUAACAUUGAAACCUGGGCGUGCUAUGAAAAUUUGACAUUAUUUCUUUGCUAGCAGAGAUUGCAAGAGACUGACUUAACACCACCUGUUUUCUACUAAAACCAAUAUUUCAGUGAAGAUUUUUUUUGUAUUAAUAGAUGAAUGACGGAGAUUUAAAACCAAAACGAGUUUCUAUUUAUUUCAGUAAGAAUUAAUUCAGUAAAAGAAUCACAUUUCGGGAAACAUGACUAAAUGAUCACUUAUAUCUGUCUUUUGAUGUCACAGUUUUUCUCUUUGAGUAUUUUGUAAUUCCAUGCUAUGCAUUUCUGAUGUAUUAUGAUAUAUUGAACAUAAUUUUUGAAGCGAUGAUGCAAAACUUCAAGAAGCUCACGAUUGAUUACAGCAUUUUCAAAUGUUGAUGCGUCAGUAUUGAUUAUUUGCUACUUGAUAUUAUGGUGCUUACAUCUGUCAUUUUACAUUUUUAGUAUUUUUUCAGUAUACGAAGCGUUAUAAUUGCAUCAAGCGAAAUAUCAGUAGUAUUUCAUUACAUUUUUAAAAAUAUUUUUUGCACAUUCAUUCAUAAGUAUUGGAUAAAAAAAAUCUUAAAACACUUUUAUCAAUGCAAUUAUCUUAUCCAAUGAAAACAAAUUAUUUGGAAAUCAUGGUUU